CCCAAAUAUGGUGUUUUUACCGGUUAUUCUGGAAAAACAGGUCGUGGGGCGAUAGCGAUCUGUGGCUGGCAGGGAGGGUGCGGAUACAAGGCCAGUGCGGGGAGCUGUGGGUCACUGGCGGUGGCAUCUGCUGGCGCUGCCGGCUGCUGCCGCCUCCCUCCCCGCUGCUAGACUCCCGUGGUGCCCGGACCCCCUCUCGGGAUGCUUGAAGUCCGUCCCGCGGUGGCAGGAGCCAAUUCUGUGGUGCCCGCGGUGCCCUGAGCCCACCCCAAGGUGCUCGCAGCCCGUCCUGGGAUGUUCAGAGCUCACUUCGGGAUGCCCCGCAGCCCCUCCGGCGGUGCCCGGCCAUUCCCGGGUCACGCAGCGGCCGGUCCGGUUGGGUUCGCUGCAGGCGGCGCCGCGCUGGUGCCUUGCCAAGGCGGGCAGAAACAGAAACCUUUAACCCCUGAAAUAUUUGCAGCGCCAUAAACCCCGCGCGGUGCUGCGCGCUCCGAGCUGGCACAGCGGCACCGUGUCCUGCGAGCCGGGCCGGGUCGGAGCGAACAGAUCCCCCGCCGCCGCUCCAUCUCCCCGUCCCUCCGUGCUCGCCUCCGUGUCUCCCCGCCUCCCUCCGUCGGUCCCCGCCUCCCUCCGUGUUCGCGGAGCCCGUCUCGCCGUGUCCCUCGGCGGGAACCGUCGCGGCCGGGCGCGUUGCGGGCGCAUUGCGAUGUCGCUGUGGCUGCGCUGGGGCCGCGGCCCGGAGCGCAGGGCGGCCGAGCGGCGGGAGCUGGAGGCGCGCAGCCGGCAGCAGUGGGAGAGCACCAGCCGCGCCUUCGCCCGCGCCGCCGCCUGCUGCUCCCUGCAGGCGCGGUGGAGCGAGCCCCGCGUCCCUCCGCCCAGGUACGGCCGCGGUCCGGUGGGGUCCCGGGGCGCUGCCGGGGUCCCCCUGACCGCCGGUGUGUGCGGCAGCGCGGCGGCGGCGCGGAAGGACGCGGAGGAGAAGGCGGCGCGGCUGCAGCGGCGGCGGGAGCGGCUGCAGCGGCUGCUGGGCGAGGAGCAGGAGGCGCUGGCGGCGGAGCUGCGGGAGCGGCGGCGGGGCGGGAUGCGGAGUCAGGAGCUGCGGGACGGCCCCGGAGAGUGCAGGACAAAGUUUGCUGAGCCGCUGCUGCACGAGCACUGGAACAAAAACGCGGAGCUCCGAGAGGUGGAGUCAGAGCUGCACAGGAAGCACGUGAGAGAGGCUUGGGGUGAUCAGCUAACACAAAAAACCAAGGAAGAGGUGACUGAACUCAAAGAGAAGAAACGUUAUGAAAACGAGUACGAAACGGCACGAGGGGAAGCGCCGGAGAGAAUGAGACAAGAGGAGGAGAAGCGUCAGCUGGAGGAGAAGCAGCAAGCGGAGACGUUGCUUCAGCAGAUAGAAGAACUGAAAUUACAGGAGACAAAGGCAACAAAGCUGAAAAAGGAACAAGAGAAUUUAUUAAAGCAGCAGUGGGAGCUGGAGAACUUGGAAGAAGAAAGGAAACAAAUGGAAGAGCACCGGAGGAAGAAAGAGCUGGGUCGCUUUUUGAGGCAUCAGUGUGAUGUCCAGUUAAGGAGACGAGCGCAGCAGAUACAGGAGGAGCUGGAGACAGACAGGCAAAUCUUAUCAGCCCUCCUGGAGAAAGAAGAUGAGGAUCAGCGCCGGCAGAUUGCGCAGCAGGAACAGGCGGUGGCAGACGUGGCCUGGAUGAAGAGGGUCAUCGAGGAACAGCUCCAGCUGGAAAAGGAGAGGGAAGCAGAGCUCGAGACUAUCUUUAGGGAAGAAGCUAAAAAAAUGUGGGAGAAGAGAGAAGAAGAAUGGGAAAGAGAGAAGAAGGCUAGAGAUCGCCUGAUGAAUGAGGUCCUUGCAGGCAGACAGCGGCAGAUCCAAGAGAAGAUGGAGUUAAACAGACGGGCCCAAGAAGAGUCCAUAAAGUAUCGAGAGCAGCUGAUCAAAGAACUCGAGGAGGCAAAGAAGGAAGGGACUCGUCGGGAGAAGGAGCAGGAGGAGGAACUGCAGAGAGCCCGCAGGAGGGAGCUGCAGGCACAGGGGACAGAGUGCAGCUCGAGAGAGGAGGAGGAAGAGCAGGAGGGAUGGGCCCGGCAGCACCGCGAGCAGGGCUGGCACAGCAGGUUCUACAGUUACCCAAGAGCAGCUUGGACUUGAGGAACGAGCACGAGAUGCAGCUCCAGACUACAGAAAGAAAACUCUGAAGGCUCAAGGAACUCUUGAAGUAAUGGUGCCUCUGGAAUAGCCUACAGUGAGACCAAGACUUGACUCUCUGAAAACAUUUAGCUGUGGCCCAGCUGAAGAAGAGCAAAUUUCUACUAUCUUCAAGAAUGUGGAAGUGUAAGCACCUUCAGAGAAGUGAACUGCUUCACUUUGCAUUCUGGAGUUGUGCACACGUGAGGCAACCCAGCAAACAAAAGGCCCCUGUGGACCUGAGCCGUGAGAGAAUCAGUGCCUCCCCAGGAACAGGAGCUGUGAAACACCAUGGGCUGUGUCAGACUCCCACCUUGGAGAAUCAGGCUUUGCCCGGGUGCCCACUGGACUUUGAGGAUUUAAUUCAUAAUGCACACUGCGAAGCAGUCAGAUCAUGUGUGCUGUGGCAGCAGUGCUUGUCCAGUUCCUCUCCAGAAGGUGCUGGAGACUUCAUUAAAUGUUGUUUUUCACUUGUUUCAUAAAUAAUGAAUAAUUGAAACCUGAA